UCAGGCCUAUCGAAUCGCCACAUCAGUUGUUAGGGAACCUCGGGAAGGUCUGUCUCACAAAAAAGCACAAACCAGAAACAAUUCCUCUUUAGCCCCGAGACCCAUCUAUUUCAUCAGCCAAAUUCGAAACCCUAGACUUUGAAAAUUGGGUGUUUGUGUGGAUAUUCAAGAUGGACAUCGAACAAAGACAGGCUGAGCUAAUUGAUCACUUUGUUAAACAAGCUUCUACUCAGAAGGGCUCCGCUCUCGGCUCCGUCAUCGUCGAAGCCACCUCGCAGCCUUCGCUCUUUGCCUUUUCCGAGAUUCUCGCUGUUCCCAAUGUUGCUGAGCUUAGAGGAACUGAAAAUUCUGCGUACCUGGAUGUGCUUCGCUUGUUUGCACAUGGCACAUGGAGUGACUACAAGAAUAAUGCUGGUCAUCUUCCACAAUUGGUUCCUGAUCAAGUACUCAAGUUGAAGCAGCUGACUGUGCUUACACUUUCUGAGACAAACAAGGUACUACCCUAUGAUCGACUAAUGCAGGAGCUAGAUGUUUCAAAUGUACGUGAACUUGAAGAUUUUCUUAUCAAUGAGUGCAUGUAUGCAGGCAUAGUUAGAGGAAAGCUGGAUCAGUUGCGAAGAUGCUUUGAGGUACAAUUUGCUGCUGGCAGGGAUCUGCGGCCUGGACAACUUGGGAGUAUGAUACAAAUGCUAUCUAAUUGGUUGUCAACCUCAGAUAAUCUACUGGUAUCAAUUCAAGAGAAGAUAAAAUGGGCAGAUACUAUGAAUGAAUCAGACAAGAAGCAUCGGAAGGAUGUUGAGGAUAGGGUAGAAGAAGUGAAGAAGUCGCUCUCACACAAGAAGUUACACACUGUAAGCAGGCAGACGUUGACUUCCGAGGGCACGAGGAGAUCUACUCUGAACCCAGUGGACUGAUGGAAUAUGAAGAAGACCGUAGCCGACCCAAGAGAUGCAGGAGACGACAUCCAAUGUCUUGAUGCAAAAGAUGGAAUGUGGACUCAUUGGAUGUAGUAGGCAACCUGCCACAUUUUUGCCCAUAGCAACAUUUCUGCUCUUGGGAUGAAUACUUCUUUGCUAGUGAAUUUGUCAUUAUUGCUUGAGGUUGAUAUCUGAAAAUCAUUAGCCUGUCUUGAACCAAAUUCUUCUUUCUGUUGAGUUAGCAAGCAAGAGCAAGACCUGAUUUGCUGGUGCGGCCAAAAGUUGGGGAUAGAUACUCAGCCAUGUAAUUUACUUUAUUCCGCUUUGUUGCUGCACUUGAUGUUACUUUUGUGAUGAUAAUGGCUGUGGCUAUAAUAACGUGGCAUAUGCUUCCUGCAUUUUAUCA